GCGGCGGCGGAGGAAGCCGGCCGGCGGUUGGGUUGGGGGAGGGGCGGGUUCGGAGCGCGGCUGCCGGGCGGGCGAAUGGGCAGGAUGAGGCCGGCCGCCUUCGGCUUAACCGUCGUCCGGCAUGGGGAAACAAGAUACAACAAAGAGAAGAUUCUGCAAGGCCAAGGUAUAGAUGAGCCCCUCUCAGAGACUGGCUUCAGACAAGCCAAUGCAGCUGGCCUGUAUCUCAGUAAUAUAAAAUUUACUCAUGUCUUCACAAGUGAUCUACUUCGGGCAAAGCAGACAACAGCCGCAAUUCUAAAGAAGAGUAAGUUCUGCAAAGAUGUUGCUGUAAAAUAUGAUGCAAGACUCCGAGAGCGGAAAUAUGGAGCGGCAGAAGGGAGGCCUCUGAGUGAUCUCAGGACAAUGGCAAAAGCUGCAGGGGAGCAGUGUCCGUCUUUUACACCUGCUGGAGGAGAAACACUUGAAGAAGUAAAAGCACGUGGCAAGGAUUUUUUUGAACACCUUUGCUGUCUUGUUGCCCAAGAAGCACGUCCAGAAAAUAAAGCUGAGACAGAAGGAAGUAGCACAGAAAUGGCAGGUGGAAGUUCUACCAGCUCAUUGACCAACCACCAUAGCAGACUGGAAUUUAAUUCCGACCGAGGUGCUGAAAUACUGGAUGCCAACAUCCUGGUUAGAACUCUGUACGGUUACCCCAUGUAUUUACCGGAGGAUUAUUUAUCAGUGGUGACUCUUCUGCAAAGCAAGAUUUCACCCUCUGGAGCCAUUUUGAUCCCAUUCCAAACCUGGCUGCUUGUUUCAAUAUGCAUGAAGGAGCAUGAGCAAACAUGGAGCGGGGGCCUCACAUUUCCUCCCACCGCCCUGCGCUUAUUUCUGCUGCAUGAAGACUUAAAAUGGCUAAACCUGGAUACGUGUGGUUCACAGCAACUUGUUCACUGUAGCACUCAAGUGCGUAGCCCAGUUCUACAGAGAGCCGCGCCAUUCUGAUGCCCUUGAGCAUGCAUUUUUCCUCUGCUGUGUGAACAUUUAAUUUGUAUAAAUUAGUAAGUAAAUGAUUGGAUUUCAUUUUAUUUUGUACUAACUCAUUUUAAGACGUUCACGCCCUGGCCUUUUGUCAAAAAGGCUCUCAGAAUGGCAAAAAUCAGUAUUGAGACAGUCCCUGUCUUCAGGCUCAGAAUCUAAAAAGACAUCAUACACGAGGAAAAAGUAAGGGGAGAGAAGAGGGAAAAGAAAGCUCCAGCACAAGUUCCUCUUGUCUGGAAGAACAGCAACUCCUGCCCAGCGUCGGAGACGUUCUGGUUGCCUUGCCUUUGAUAAAGAGCCGCUCCCCCACCCCAAAUUGCUUCCUUCCAGGAUCAGAUCCAGGAACAGAGUUGGUGACAAUGCAUAGUGUCCUCAUGUGUUUUUGGAAUCUGAUGGUUAUGUAAUGUGAUCUUGACAUGUUGCUUGUCACAACUAACAUUAGAUGCAGACUGCAGAGAUUAGGUGGGUGUAUUAUAUACAAAGGAUUAACUGGAGACCUCUAGGGCCAGUUGCCAACCCAAGAGCAAAAGAGCAUUAGUGCACUUUUUGAAAACAGACCAGUGCCACACCCAAUCCACUGCAAGCGCUUCAAUCCCCCCCCCCAAAAAAAUUUAGUGUCCCAGGACCAGUCGUGGUUCAUUCUGGGUGCUUCCAACCAGUCACUGCUGCCUCCGAAGUUCUGUUCUGAGACAGAGAAGCUGGGAGAAGUCUAGGCAAUGCUAACUCACACCCAAGGCAGUAAACAGUGGAAGGAGUAGGUGAGUAGAAAGCAGGUUUGUCGCUUGCUUUGGUUUAAAGCAGGGGCAGGGAGCCAUGGAAAGACCUUUUGGUGGCUGGGCUGGGCGAAAAGGACUUCCUUUCUCUCAGCACAGCACAGAGAAGCUCAAGUGUGCUCUGCCACUCUGCCCCCUAUGCCACCUCCUGUCUACCCCACCAGCCCCAAUCGACACCAGCCACCAGGGCCUACACACAGUGGAGAGCACACAUCCUCUUUCCUCUGCAAGCAGUUGUUCUGGAUAGUUCACACCAGCGGACCCAGCAAAUUUCCCCCAAUGUUGCAUCUUAGUGUAGAGCACCUGACACAUAAUGUUAUAUCCUUUAGGCCCCUUUUCUGCUUUCUCAGAUGAUAGUAAAGUUAUUUACAUGACUACCUCCUAUCAGUGAGGGGUGGGUGGGCGGGAGAAGUUUAGUGAAGCACUUCCUUGCUCUUCCAGUGGCCCAGAUACAAACAGCUCAUUUAUUAAGCGAAAUAAGGUUUGAAAUAAGAGUUGCCAUCUCCUUUCCCUAAGCAGAUUUCUCCAUCCUUUAUGGGUCUGCCAACUUCUGCUGGCUACCACUGCUUUUCCAGCUGUAGCAACGAAUGCAUUUUUGAAAAAAGAUGGAAGAAGUUAUGAAUUAGGGUUGCAACUAACCACAGCGCAUAAUACGAUACCAAAACAUAUCAGUGUUGUCUAAAUGAUUUGCCUGUUAAGUGCUCAGUUGACAUGGGAAGCAUUUAACACAACAUGUUAAACCCAAAUAUUUUUAUUAAUUAAAUCAAAAUAGCGCUGUCCCAUUGACUGACAGCAGUCAGUAAUGCCUCAUUGAGAGGGCAUCAUUCCAACUGCAUGGCACACCCCCACCUCGAAGAGCAAAUGAAAAUCUGAAUUAGAUUUAUCUGACUUACAAUUGGCAUGUCUCAGAUAUCCCCUUCCUAGUAAAGGAGCAUGCAUUUUGCCCUAUACUGGGAGAUAAAAAUCAUGCUUCUCAUUUUAAGGGAGAUGUAGAAAUGUCCUCUUUCAGUCUUUUUUGAUAUAACCAGUGUGUUUCAGGAGAUGUGUGUGUUAAAUUUCAGUUUGCCGUGUGGGCUGCACAUUCUGGUCUACACAGCAGGUCCCCUUCUAGGGAGAGGUCCGAAAAGUGUUCCGCUUUUGGACUACAUGUGUACCAAAUUUCAGCCCUCCCGCUCACGUGGAAAUACCAUAAUUUCAGUAUGUCCAUUUGCAUGGAUGAGACCCACAGAAAUAGUAAUCAAGUCUAAGGAAUUUUACAUGCACACAUACACACUGCUUGUCAACCCCCUGCCAUUCCCCGCCCCCCCCCCGAUAUCAACUCCCUAGAGAUUACCCUUCCCACCCCCAUGCAACUAGGAAGCUCAUUAUUCACCCAACCAUUCGCCUUCUGAAGCCAAUUCUUCUCUUCUACAGUCCUACUUUGCACCUUCCCUGCUCCUUUUGUGCAGCCCCCCUGCACACAAACAAUGCCCACACAUUGCAGCUAAGCGCCUUUUUCACCUUCCACCCAAAUAUGAAGCCUGCACCCCUCCCUUCAGCCCCACUUCCCCCUUUUUAGUAACUCCCUUUGCACUGCCUUUUUCCUUCUUGCAUUUCUCAACUCUUUUACACACAUCCACUCUUCUAGUGUGCAGCCCCCUUUUCACACACCAUUGGCACCUGCACUCCCUUUCCCCUCCCUCCUCCUUGCUCUCCCUUGCACACAGACCAGCUCCAGUUCUGGGCCUCCCCCUCUCCUCUCUUCUGCAGUCCCCUUGGCGCAUGCACUCCAAGCUGAUGUGUGUUACUGUAUCUUUAAGUUGAAUAGACUCUUAAGGCUGUCAGCUCAAUCAGAGAAUGUUAAGUUCAACUGAUGAAUAUUGUACAUGUAUGGAUGUUUGCUUGUUAAUAAAGUAUCUGUUCUACAUUGAA